GAACGAGUUGUGCGGGCGGUCGACUGAAACAGUGAACUGACUGUUAUGGGGAGCUAGGCGUUGGAAAAAAUGUUCCAGAAUUUCAAACCGCGAGAAGAAGUCGGAAAUAUGUAAUGUAUAGGCUGAGAGUCACAUACAAGCUGUACCUCAGCAAAACGAUAUGCCCUCGGUUGUUGGAGAGUUAAUGCGUUGUUUUGGUUUCUCACUUUUCUUUCCAAAUCAAGACUGAUGACAGUAGACAACUGUGGUAAGGACCUAGGGCAGGCGUGUCGGACAGACGUCGUCAACAGAGGUAUGGAUGACCAUAGAUGUCAAGGUGCUCCUCAUCGUCGACCGCCAUGCACAAGGAGAUCGUCUAAGAGCAAAGCCCCCCCGCCUCCGCCGGCCGUGAAGGACUUUGAUGGUCCACCACUCUCCCCCACAGCACUUGGCUACCAGCGCGCGGCCAUGGAACAGCAGCAGGACAACCCCCUGGAGCGGGACCUGACCCUGGUGGUGGUGCUGCCCGAGGGGGAUGAGAAGACCACUGUGGUCCACGGCAGCAAACCCUUGAUGGACUUGUUAAUAACGCUUUGCGCAAAGUACCAUCUGAACCCGUCUGGACACACCAUCGAGCUGGUCUCCACAAACCGGAACCACGUCAAAUUCAAGCCCAACGCUUUGAUAGGAACCCUGGAGGCCGAGAAGAUCCUGCUCAAGCCCAAGGGCAUGGAGGAGAAGAACAAGAAGGUCGGGCCUCAGAUGCCGGAGGCAACCGUGCGCCUGGUCAUAAACUACAAGAAGACGCAGAAGACCAUUCUCCGAGUCAGCCCCAAGGUCCCACUCAACCAUCUCCUGCCAGCCAUUUGUGAGAAAUGUGAAUUUGACACGACGACGACCAUCUUGCUGAGAAACGUGCAGUCAGACGAGCCACUGGACCUGACCAACUCCCUCCACGACUUCGGCAUCCGGGAAGUUUAUGCAAGGGACACAAAAGCAAUGAGCCCAACAGAACUGCCUCCUUCACCAACUCAUUCAGAUACACUUUGUCUGUCAGCCAGGAAGGACAAGAGUCAGAAAGAGCGAGAGAAUAAAGAGAGCAAAGGACUGUUCAGCCUGUUCAGGAGGAGUCGAAAGAAGUCUGAUCAGCCAAUGACGGCGAGCGCCCCAGCGUCCCCCAUCCUGAGGAAACCGAGACCGGUCAGUAUGUGUGCCCUCCCGUCGCACACGUCCAGCUACAGCUCCAACACCAUGCCGUCGGACGGGCCAAAGAAGCGGCGAGCGCCCUUGCCCCCCACCAUGAUGUCAUCGGACACCACCGCUGACCAGGGGGCAGAUCAGGAGGCUAAGCCUCAGUCUCCCACACAGACAGAUGGACAUCAGGACCAUCCCUCCGUGAGUCGAGCAUCCUCCUCCGAGUCGUCGCUGAAGAGGACCAAGCGGAAGGCACCUCCUCCGCCCACCUCCACCUCCACCCCCACCCCCAGCCCCUCUCCCCCCGAGGAGGCUCCGGCAGAGAGGAGUCUGACAGGAAUUCCAUUGCAGGCCCCUCUGGAGGAAAUUGGGGAGCAGGAGGAGGAGUCCCUGGCACCCACUCCUGUCGAGGAGGAGUCGGGUGAGUCUGCGGCGCCUCGGGAAGAGUCGGGGUCCUCUCCGCUCCAGGCCUCCAGCGCUCUGGGCCACACCCAGGAAGAUGACAGCAGCCUCAACUUGUCCGCCGACAUCUCCAUGGACUCGGAGCCAGGAGAGGCGUCCUCGCCAACCCACGACUCCGACAUGCUGAGCCUCUCGGCGUUCGAGGACACGGGGGAAGAUCAGUCAUGUGAUCUGUCCUCACAUGGCAAACUAGCUGGCAGCUUGAUGAGCAGCGAGGAGUACACCACUCAGAUGCUAAGCGCGGAAGCACAGGCUGCCCCCAAGGGUGAAGAUGAGGACAGUGGUAUGGAGCCUGCAGUGGAGAGCAGUGAGCAGGAUGCCUCGUCUGCUCAGGAAGCCACAGUGCCUGAUGAGUUUCCUGGAGGUGGUGCAGACCCAAGGCACUCACCUGGGGCCGCUGGAUCUCCGCAACACCCACCUGACACCCCACAGCCCCAGGUGGCAGAGGAGCCCUCACUGGAUGCGGCGGGCAGCAGAGCGGCCAGUGCUCUGGAGGAAUGCACACAGGGCGAGGCAAUAAGUGGCGCGUCUUCCCCUACCAACGCUCCUGGGGCCACCUCCAAGCCCGAGCCAACGGCAACGCCACCGCCACCGCCGUCCGCCGAGCUGCAGAGAGACACGGCCACGUCUACUGAGGAACUCACCAGCCCGGAGGCUGUGUCUCCUGUUGCUGAUCCCCCCACGCCUAGCCCUCCCCGCACCCCAGCCCCCACUCCUACCCUGGUGCCCACCGGCGCCAAGGGAGGCCCAGUCACCGAGGCCAAGCCCAAGCCAAAACCUUCCAAUGAGGUGACCCGGGACUACAUCCCCAAGGUGGGCAUGACCACCUACACCAUUGUGCCUCAGAAGUCCCUGGAGAAGCUGCGCUACUUUGAGGUGGAGCUGACACUGGAGGCGCCGCCCGUGGCCCCUCCCAAGGCCGAGGUCGUAGACGGCGACGUGGCGAAGACUCACGAUGAGUCGGCGACCGCAACGCAGCCUGCAGACGCUCCCCCCGCCGCCCCCGGAGCUGACCCGCCACUCAGGAAUGGGGCCGAGCCGAGCGACUCACCCGCCGCGUCCCCCUCACAGACGUCUAUUUCAGCGUCCCUCCCAGCCGGGGAGGCUGCAAGCGCCGGCCGCCAACCCGAGGAGCCAGAGCAGGCUGUUCCGACAGAGCCAGCGGGGGAGGCCAAGGAAAAGAAAGUUCCACCCGCAACUAAGCCCAAACCUGCCUCUUUCCGCUUGCCACAGCACAAACGAACACCUGGGUAUUAUGUAACCUCGGCAGCAGUGAAGAGCGCUGGUGGUGGCCACAAGGAGGCUCCUGCUGCUGCUGCUGCUGCAGGGGGCCAGCCCAGGGAGCCCAGCCCUCAGGCUGGGGACGAGGCCGCAGUGGAGCGAGUGGAGGAGGUGGUGGUGGUGGAGGAGGAGGAGGAGAAGGAGGAGGAGGAAGACUGGUUGUUCCCUCCACCGCCGCCACGGGAGCCUGCUGGAGAGGUGGAGCAGGCGGGGCAAUCCCUGGCAAGUGCUCCAGCAGAGCCAGCCCAGAAACCAGCAGCCACCAGCCCCAGCCCCAGUCCUAGCCCCAGCAGUGGGUACCCUGAUACCAUCCUGACGAGGCAGGGCAGCCUGCCUGCUAAGCCGCCCUCCCCUGGGCUCAGCCUGGAGAAACUGCGCAGCUUUGCGGCACCCAAGCCCUACUCCCCGACCUCGCCAUCCCGCUUCGCCCAGGCCGUGUCCUCGGCGGUCAAGAGGUCCCAUUCCCACAGCCAAGGCCCUGUGGCCGUUGGGCAGACUACACGCAAAGUGCCCCUCUACCCCCUCGCCGGCCACAGCCCUAUAAGAGAGAUGACAGAGCCCUUAAAAAACACGGUGACAGACAAUGGGGAGCGAGACGACAAAUGUCCAGGUGCACAGGGGGCUGUGACCAGCUCUGCCGGCGAGGCCGCGGGAUCCACGGAAACCCAGAGCCAAGAGUCGGCCACGCGGGACCACAGCCAUGGAAACGGAGCGCCCGACACACCCCCCGUGUCAGGAGUUCCUCCCUCAACGACGCUGCUGCGGAGAUCAGGCGAGAUGCAGGCGGCACAUGAGGAGUAGACGGGGGGUGGGCUAGGGAGGGUGACAGGAGGAGGGAGCGUUGGAGGUGGCGAAGGGUGGUUGUCACACGGUUGGCACACCCCAGUGGCGUCCUGUUGAGUCUUUGGUUCCUGAUGUUGAGAGAUUCACUUUCUUUUCAUUUUGAACGAGUUUGUUUGACUUUUAAACAACUAAAUACAUAAUUUCUCAGUAAUUGUGCAACAAGUUGGUGCAUAUGUAAGCUUGAAAACAGACUUUUGAGGGUUCCUAUGAAUAUUGAAUUAUGUAUGUGUAAACGUUGCAAAAAUGUUUCUAUUUUAUUGGGUUUUUGCCUUUUAAAUUAUUAGUCAUAAAAUAAAGAUGUAAUUAUAUACCAAUGUGAAAAAUGGUACUUCUCAAAAUGUGUCCCUCAGUACAUUUUUUACUUGUCUGGUUAACUAAGCUGUGCCCUGAAGACACUGGUAUAAUCUAUAUUGCUCGGGAUUUGAAACUGCUGUAAGAUCUUAAGUCGUUCUUCUGUCUAUUAAAUCAUAUGAAAACUGUA